GGCGCGGGCGGUAGGGGCUGCGCGGGGCUGGGGCCAACGCCCCGGCUGCUCCCGCCGCGCCCCCGCGUGUCCCCGCGCGCCAUGCCGCCCCCGGCGCUGCUCUGCGCGCUUUGCUUCGGCCUCUUGGCCACGGCCGCCCGCGCCGGCUACUCGGAGGACCGCUGCAGCUGGAGGGGCAGCGGCCUGACCCAGGAGCCCGGCAGCGUGGGACAGCUCGCCCUGGUCUGUGCGGAGGGCGGGAUCGAGUGGCUGUACCCGGCCGGGGCGCUGCGCCUCACCCUGGGCGGCUCCGACCCCGGCGCGCGGCCCGGCAUCGCCUGCCUGCGGCCGGCGCGGCCCUUCGCAGGCGCCCAAGUCUUCGCGGAGCGGGCGGGCGGCGUGCUGGAGCUGCUGCUGGCUGAGGGCCCAGGCCCGGCCGGGGGCCGAUGCGUGCGCUGGGGUCCCCGCGAGCGCCGGGCCCUCUUCCUGCAGGCCACCCCGCAUCCCGACAUCAGCCGUCGCGUGGCCUCCUUCCGUUUCGAACUUCGGGAGGACGGGCGUCCAGAGCUGCCUCCGCAGGCCCACGGCCUCAGUGCGGAUGGUGCCUGCAGACCCUGCAGUGAUGCCGAGCUCCUCUUGGCCGUGUGCACCAGCGACUUUGUGAUCCAUGGAACCAUCCACGGGGUUGCCCACGACACAGAGCUGCAGGAGUCUGUUAUCACCGUGGCCGCCGCCCGUGUCCUUCGCCAGACAUUGCCGCUGUUCCGGGUGGGGGGCCCUGGGGGACAGGCGCAGGCCUCCAUUCGCACCCCACUGCACUGUGGCGUCCACCCUGGCCCUGGCACCUUCCUCUUCAUGGGCUGGAGCCGCUUUGCCUGGACCUCUCUCCUGGACUGCAGACCGUUGUAACCCUGUUUCCCCCUCCCCCCACCACGGAGUAUCUCAGUAGAGACCAGAAGAGGAGGAGGUGAGUGUGCUCUCCUGCCAUCCUCCUCUCCGUCUUGGGAGGCUUUUGCACUGCCCAUGCAGACCCCGACCCGAGGAGGGUUUCCCCUCCAGUGCUGAGGAGCAACUCACCCUUGGCUCUUGCCCUAAUUCUCUGGCCAGCUCCCCACAGCCUUGUUUGAACAGAGGCCCAUGGCCACACCCAGUGUGGUCACUGUGGACUACCUCUGGGACCAUCUGUCCAGAAAAAUGUAGGGCAUCUUCUCUGGGCUGGGCCCUAGGCUGGACACUGGCCUCUGCCCACCUGCCCCAGGAAGCGCCUCCUAUGCACACGCCCUCCUCCAGAGAAAGUGUUGGCUUUGCAACCAGCAAAAGGAGCAGAAAGGGCAGAAGUGGGUGUGGCUGACAGGGCCAGAGGAGCCCCAGAGUGCUCUGGGAGGAGCCUG